CACGCGAAGCACGACCUGCCUCGCCGGAAAGAGCAGACGCUUCUGCCUCUGCUGCGACCUGUUUUAUGGGGAAAAGGCUGGUCCCGGUCCCGCUCCGGCCAGUCACACCUUUGGAAAACCCAGUGUUUUCUCCGGGCGGUUUUUUACCACCGCCACAAAAUGGUGCCUAAAGUCAACGGAGGAGGCGGCUUCUGAGCGCAUGAGUCUGUUGCCAAGCAGGGAGGAAAAGGCGGAGCGGCGCUGAGGCGGCUCCUUCCGGGGCGAGGGAGGCCGUCGGGAAGCGGAGCGAGGCGUCAUGGCGGUGCUCCUGGAAACCACGCUGGGAGACCUGGUGAUCGACUUGUACACGGAGGAGAGGCCGAGAGCUUGCCUGAAUUUUCUGAAGCUCUGCAAAAUCAAGUACUACAAUUACUGCCUUAUACAUAAUAUACAAAGAGAUUUUAUCAUACAAACUGGAGACCCACAGGGGACUGGCCGUGGAGGUGAAUCAAUUUUUUGCAAAUUGUAUGGGGACCAAGCUAGAUUUUUUGAAACAGAAAAAGUGCCAAGAAUUAAACACAAGAAAAGGGGUACAGUGUCAAUGGUGAACAAUGGCAGUGAUCAGCAUGGAUCUCAGUUUCUUAUUACUACAGGAGACAACUUAGAUUACCUGAAUGGUGUACAUACAGUCUUCGGUGAAGUAACAGAAGGCAUGGAUGUGUUGAUGAAAAUUAAUGAAGCCUUCGUUGACAAGGAUUUUGUUCCAUAUCAAGACAUCAGGAUAAACCAUACAGUGAUCCUGGAUGAUCCAUUUGAUGACCCUCCUGGUUUGGCAAUACCAGAUCGUUCACCAGAGCCUACCAAGGAACAGCUGGAUAGUGGAAGAAUAGGAGCUGAUGAGGAGAUUGAUGACUUCAAAGGAAGGUCUGUUGAUGAAGUGGAAGAAAUUCUGGCAGAGAAAGAAGCAAAAACUAAGGCUAUUCUUUUGGAAAUGGUUGGAGACUUGCCUGAUGCAGACAUCAAGCCUCCUGAAAAUGUCUUGUUUGUUUGCAAACUUAAUCCUGUGACAACAGACGAAGACCUUGAAAUCAUAUUUUCCCGAUUCGGGCCAAUAAAAAGUUGUGAAGUGAUUCGAGAUUGGAAGACAGGUGAAUCCCUCUGCUAUGCUUUCAUCGAGUUUGAAAAGGAAGAAGAUUGUGAGAAAGCUUACUUUAAGAUGGAUAAUGUUUUAAUAGAUGACAGGCGGAUACAUGUGGAUUUUAGCCAGUCUGUUGCAAAGAUUAAAUGGAAAGGAAAAGGUGGGAAGUAUACGAAGGAUGAUUUCAAAGAAUAUGAAAAGGACCAUGACAAAACUCCUAAAUUAAGUUUGAAGGAGAAGGUGAAGCCAAAGCAAGACUCAAGAUAUGACCUUGUAUUGGAGGAGGAAGAGGAUGAUGGCAAAACAAGUCACAGGCACUCUGAUAAAAAGAAGAAGAAACGCCACCAUUCAGAUGAUACCGAUGAGGAUGAGAAGAGGUCCAAAAAGUCUAAGCAGGACUUUGACCGAAGGCAGAAAGAAGAGAAAAGAAAAAACGAAAAGCGAGAGAGGCGGCGCAGCCGUAGCCGUAGCCAGUCUUGGGACAGAGAUGACCGAUACCGAAAGUCAAAGGACAAAUACCACGAGGAAAAGAGGAAAGCCAGAAGCCCUAAGAAACCCAGAGAGAAGGAGAAGUCUAAGUACAGAUGAAUGAGGAUUAAGAAAAACUCUUCCCCCAGUGCUUUUCCACCAUUGAGACCUACAACCACUCCCCAAAGACCCUUCAGUCUUCCUUUUUGACUUUUGAUCCUGGGGCUCUAUAGGAUGACAUCCUAUAAUGUGGAAUUUAGUAGAAUUUUGACUGUAUUGGGGGGGGGAGUUAAAGCAUUUUGUUUUCAGUUUACGGUGGAAUGGUGACAAGACCACCACAUUAUUUGAUUUAUUACAGACACCAUCCACCAAAAAGGAACCUUAGUAAUGUCAGCCGUUAAUGGUAGAGGGCAUACUUAAAACAUUAUUUUUGUCAGCUCUUAAGAGUUACUCGAUUCAUAAUUAAUUUCCUACUUUGUUAUCUUAUCUGUAUAGGAAACUGCAUGCAACCGAAGGGUGUGUCUUUAUGUGUGACAGAAGUGGGCUUUAUUUUGCCAUGGAAACCUGCUUCCAGUUGGGGCUUCCUGCUACAUGUAUUGAAGUAGUGUUGCGUGUCUUAAUUACACAUGCUGUAUACACAGUUGGUACAGCCAGUUCCUAGACAGAACUGAUAUCCAAGUAGAGACUUUGUCCCGUGCAAAGUAGCUCAAAAUUCCUUUGGUUGUGUGAGGCCUUCACUAAAAGGCCAUCUUUUACAAUACACAUUUCAUAAUUCAGAA